UAAAAAUCCUAAACAAAUCACCCUCGACUUCAUCUCACUUAGAAGGCUAAUCCCUAAUUUCUCUCUUUCAUAAUGGCAAACCCCAGGGUUUUCUUUGAUAUGUCCGUCGGCGGCCAGCCUGCUGGUCGGAUCGUCAUGGAACUCUUCGCCGAUAUUGUUCCAAAGACCGCCGAGAACUUCCGCGCGCUUUGCACUGGCGAGAAAGGUGUUGGCAAGUCCGGCAAGCCACUUCACUACAAGGGUUCAAGCUUUCACCGUGUGAUCCCUAACUUCAUGUGCCAAGGUGGUGACUUUACUGCCGGAAAUGGUACCGGCGGUGAGUCGAUCUAUGGAGCUAAAUUUGCUGACGAGAAUUUCGUGAAGAAGCACACUGGACCUGGUGUGCUAUCUAUGGCUAAUGCCGGUCCAGGAACCAAUGGAUCUCAGUUCUUUGUCUGCACUGUCAAGACGGAGUGGCUUGAUGGGAAACAUGUCGUUUUUGGUCAAGUUGUUGAGGGCUUGGAUGUGGUGAAGGCUAUCGAGAAGGUUGGAUCUGGAAGCGGCAAGACUUCCAAGCCUGUUGCUAUUGCGGACUGUGGUCAACUCUCUUAGAGGGCAUUGAUUGACAUGUCGUCUGGCCGUGUCUUUGAUGUUGGAUCUUAUCUAGUAUUUGGGUGUGUUUUAGUGGUCUAGGAUCUGGGUGUUUUAUGUUUUGCUUUUGAGGCCUUUGUUUUAAUGGCCUCUUGGGUUUGGGUGGUCACCAUGCUUUCAUGUGCUGAAAUUGAGCUGCCAUAAAUAAAAUAGGCUUGUUACUAUC